UGGGCUCUCUCAACGGGCUCCGCCGCAAAACCCUAGCUAGCUCGAGCCCCCAGCGAGGCCAGGGAGAGGUCGGGAUCCGCGGAGAUGCCUUCCACUUCGUCGGCGGUGGGGAGGCUGCAGGCCGCCGCCAACUCCUCCUCGUCCUCCUCCUCGCGCUCCUCCUUCUCCGACCAGCUCCUUCUGCCCAGGGAGGCAGGCCAGAUGGUGUCUCUGUCGGCUUGCGCGAAGUUCGGCGCUGUCAGCUUUGUUGUUGGCGUCGUGGUUGGCUUCACCCUGAAUAAAAGGCUGCGCCGGUUGGCUACCAAGCUGCUCAAGAGAAUCAAGGACGAUAGCUAGCAAAGCUAAUGCAAGUAAUCUCGAAAUUUUGUUGGCAAGUGUGCUCUAGUUACCUUUGUAGUAACCCCAAGUUGAACCUCCUUGACUGCUUGGAUUUACUGUGAUGGAUACGAUAUCGUCGUUUGUAAGAUGUAUCGCAAAUCUCUUAUGGGGGAUCUUUAUUAAUCGCAAUUGUGGCAUGUGCAGACUC